CAAAAGGAACUGGCCCGCCUCUUUGACUCUUUCUCUUCAUCUCUCCCUUUUGCUUUGGUUUCUCCCCCCCAGAGCUUCUUUCUUUUUAAUAACUUUGUGCUUUCUUAAUCACAAUCCGCCAUCAUGUCUGAGACCUUCGAGUUCCAGGCUGAGAUCUCUCAGCUGCUCUCGCUGAUCAUUAACACUGUCUACUCUAACAAGGAAAUUUUCCUUCGUGAGUUGAUCUCCAACGCCUCCGAUGCUCUCGACAAGAUCCGCUACGAGGCUCUCUCCGACCCCUCUAAGCUCGAUUCCAACAAGGAUCUGCGCAUCGACAUUAUUCCCGACUUGGAGAACAAGACCCUCACCAUCCGUGAUACCGGUAUUGGUAUGACCAAGGCUGACCUCAUCAACAACCUUGGAACAAUUGCCCGCUCCGGUACCAAGCAGUUCAUGGAGGCUCUGUCCGCCGGUGCUGAUAUUUCCAUGAUCGGCCAGUUCGGUGUCGGUUUCUACUCUGCCUACCUGGUCGCUGACCGUGUCACCUUUGUGUCCAAGCACAACGAUGACGAGCAGUACAUCUGGGAGUCCGCCGCCGGUGGCACUUUCACCCUCAAGGAGGACACCGAGGGCGAGCAGCUCGGCCGUGGUUCCAAGAUCAUCCUUCACUUGAAGGAUGAGCAGAUGGACUACCUCAACGAGGCCCGCAUUAAGGAGGUUGUUCGCAAGCACUCCGAGUUCAUCUCCUACCCCAUCUACCUUCACGUCCUGAAGGAGACCGAGACCGAGGUCCCCGAUGAGGAGGCCGAGGAGACCAAGGAGGAGGACGAUGAGAAGAAGCCCAAGGUCGAGGAGGUCGAUGACGAGGAGGAGAAGAAGGAGAAGAAGACCAAGACCGUCAAGGAGUCCAAGAUUGAGGAGGAGGAACUUAACAAGACCAAGCCCAUCUGGACCCGCAACCCCGCUGAUAUCACCACUGAGGAGUACGCCUCCUUCUACAAGUCCCUCUCCAACGACUGGGAGGACCACCUCGGUGUCAAGCACUUCUCCGUUGAGGGUCAGCUCGAGUUCCGCGCUAUCCUCUUCGUUCCCAAGCGCGCUCCCUUCGACCUGUUCGAGACCAAGAAGACCAAGAACAACAUCAAGCUCUACGUUCGCCGUGUCUUCAUCACCGAUGAUGCUACCGACCUCAUCCCCGAGUGGCUCAGCUUCGUCAAGGGUGUUGUCGACUCUGAGGAUCUUCCUCUCAACCUGUCCCGUGAGACUCUCCAGCAGAACAAGAUCAUGAAGGUCAUCAAGAAGAACAUCGUCAAGAAGACCCUUGAGCUCUUCGUUGAGAUCUCCGAGGACCGUGAGCAGUUCGACAAGUUCUACCAGGCCUUCAGCAAGAACAUUAAGCUCGGUAUCCACGAGGACGCCCAGAACCGCCCCACUCUGGCCAAGCUCCUCCGCUACCAGUCCACCAAGUCCGGUGACGAGCAGACCUCGCUCGCUGACUACAUUACUCGCAUGCCCGAGCACCAGAAGAACAUGUACUACAUCACUGGCGAGUCCAUCAAGGCUGUUGCCAACUCUCCCUUCCUGGAUACCCUCAAGCAGAAGAACUUCGAGGUUCUCUUCCUGGUUGACCCCAUUGAUGAGUACGCCUUCACCCAGCUGAAGGAGUAUGACGGUAAGAAGCUCGUCGACAUCACCAAGGACUUCGAGCUCGAGGAGACCGAGGAGGAGAAGACCGAGCGCGAGACUGAGGAGAAGGAGUUCGAGGACCUUGCCAAGGCCCUCAAGAACGUUCUCGGCGACAAGGUCGAGAAGGUUGUUGUCUCCUCCAAGCUGGUUGGCUCCCCCUGCGCCAUCCGUACCGGCCAGUUCGGUUGGUCCGCCAACAUGGAGCGUAUCAUGAAGGCCCAGGCCCUCCGUGACACCUCUAUGUCCUCUUACAUGUCUUCCAAGAAGACCUUCGAGAUCUCUCCCAAGUCUCCCAUCAUCAAGGAGCUUAAGAAGAAGGUUGAGGCCGAUGGCGAGAACGACCGCACCGUCAAGUCCAUCACCCAGCUUCUCUUCGAGACCUCCCUGCUUGUCUCUGGCUUCACCAUUGAGGAGCCCGCCAGCUUCUCCGAGCGCAUCCACAAGCUCGUCUCCCUCGGCCUGAACAUCGACGAGGACGAGGCCGCUCCCGCCACUGAGGCCGCUGCUCCCGCCGAGGCUACCGGUGAGAGCACCAUGGAGGAGGUUGAUUAGAUGAUUUCAAUCAACUUUCGUUAUUGCUAAUUUUAAGUCUUACGGGAAAUGGGAAACGGGAUACGACCCUCUGUGAUGUUUUUUAUCUUUUCAUUUUUAUGUGUUCUACAAUAAGAACCAGCAUCUCUUUUUA